AUGUUGUUUUUAGUAGUCUUCGACUUGUCUAGUGAUUAUGUUGUGUUCAAUAAAGAAGAUCAUGCAAAAGAAGCUUUGAUAGCAGCUGAUCAUCAUCAAAAUUCAAAGCUAGCAGUCUAUUCAUUAGAGCGCAUUAUAUAUAACAGACAAAGUUUAUAUUUUAUUUAUGUGGAUAACUCAUUAGAAGAAGAUAAUGAAUCAACAGAAUUAAAAUUGUAUGUUUUGAUGAAGGCCAAUGGACCUAUACAAUCUCAAACUCAAAAAGAUAUGAAAAAUAAUGAUGUUGAUUUUGAGCCAAUUAUUGAUCGUAAUAAUGUUACUAUGGCCCUCAAUAAUUUUAUUAAGAUCAAACAAUUCAUUGAUAAAGAGGUAUUUAUAAAACGAGGUGCAAGAUUACAUGACAUAUUAAGUGAAAUUCUUGAAGAUCUCAAAUCUUGCAAUUCAAUCAGCAAUACACUUCCACGACCAUGUCCAAUAAUUAGAGAAGAGAUCCAAUGGACCAUAGAUUAUGACAGAGUUUCAACAUAUAAAUGUAACAGGCUCAAAAAUUAA